UAGACAACGAAGGAAGAACCUGCGUUUAUGGUUUAAGACACCAAGCGAGAUGUUUGACGACAGUUGUUGCAGAUGCAGAUCAUAAUAAAUUUUUAGUUGGUUCUCAAAGUUUACGACGUGAAAACGAGUUAGAUUCACCUACUUGAGUUUCAUGAGGAGGAGUUUGAAAUAACCAGUGACGUGUUUCAGCAUUCGGAAGAAGUUUUGGACAUUGCUGCGUGUCCUAUGCAAAGCGAUCUUUUCUUCACGUGUUAUAAUAAAUUAACUUCAAAUUUGAUACAGUCUAAAGCCAGCUUAUGGAGAAUGGGCAAAGCAAUACCUGAAGAUUCGGAAACAAAUCUACAGAGUCACACGCCAGUAGCAACAAGUUUGCCUUUAGAAAAUAUUUUUGAGGUUGAUGGCGAUGCGACAAUAAAAAAAGUUCUCUGGGAUCCAAAAAAAGCCCUUACAGGAUUUGUGUCCAUUCAUGAUUACGCCUUGAAUGUAUGGUCAUUUGCUGAUCAGUUUGCAUCGUCUAAGUUGUUAAAUACAUUUGAAUUCCCUUCAACCUCCGGACCUUUAACAACUGGAGCAUGGAAUCCACAUCAAUCAGAAAUUGCAGUUGGAAAGGAUGUUUCCAUAUCUGGUUGGGAUAUCAAAUCACAAAGCCAGACAUUUAAUAUAAAUGAGGCACAUUCAGUAAUGGUCCGCGCGCUGGACUUUAAUCCAAACAAACCAAAUCAAAUUGCUUCGGCUGGUGAUGAUUGUAAAGUAAGGUUUUGGGAUCUCAGGAACACUACCGAAAGCAUUAAAGAAAUAUCAGAUCAUACGCAUUGGAUAUGGGCUGUAGGAUAUAAUAGAUUUUAUGACCAACUUUUUUUAAGUUCUGGUUCAGAUUAUCAAGUCAAUCUCCAAAGCAUCGUCUCUAUUUCUUCGGCCACAUUUCAAUAUAAUGAUUAUGAUGAUAACAAAUCCGAAGAUGAAUAUAAAGAAAUAAUAAGUAAGCCAACAGAUGGUUUAGUGAGAACUUAUGAUCAGCAUGAAGAUAGUGUAUAUUCAGUUGCAUGGAGUGCUCAUGAUCCUUGGGUAUUUUGCUCUUUAUCUCAUGACGGAAGAGCAGUGAUUAAUAGAGUACCUAGAGAAGAAAAAUAUAAAAUCAUUCUUUAAAUAAUUAGUUUAAUACUGUGUUUAUAAUACGAAAUAUUUAUAGACAGAUAUUUAAUAGAAUCCUUGGUGAAAUUCGGGAAUUCCGGGAAUGCAACACAAAAGCGGUCAAAAAAUUAUAUAAUGCAGGUUAUGAUCAUCAUAACAUGCAAGUAUGUUGUGCACAAUAAUGCUUUGCUUAUCACGUUGAUUAAUUUAUAAUGAAAUAGACUCUGAUUCGAAAAGGGCAAUUAAAUGCAGUAAUUGGUCUAACGAAUUUUAAACAAUCACAACUGU